GCGGCGGGCGGAGGGCGCACGCCGGGGGCGGAGCCGGGCUCACGUCUGCGUGACAGUUGUCGCGGGGGGAGGGCGAGCCCAGACUAGGGGGAGCGAGUGUAAAUAGAGCGAAGGCGGCGGCCUCCGACCCCGUCACCUCUCGGGCGCCCCGUGAGAAGCCCUGGAGGGCAUGGAAGAAGACGAGCAGGAGCAGCGGCGCAGGAAGGUGGAGGCCGGGAGGGCGAAGCUUGCUCACUUCCGACAGAGAAAAGCCAAAGGUGACUGUGCGCAUCCGAAGAAAAAGACGGCGAAGAGGAAGGGCCCGGCUGUCGAUGCGCCUGUCCAGGAGGAGGGCCCGGUAGCCCCCGAGGAUGGACUCCUGGGAAGAGGGGACGUUUGCAAAGAUGUGUCGUGCAGCGACACCCCCAAGGGAGCACAGGCAGCACAGCUGGAGGACCCCAGUGGAGAGAGGACAGGACACUCGGAGCAGCCACAGCAGAAGCUGGAUGGCAACCACUUGGAACAGCCUGAGGAUAUCACAGAGGGAUGCGAGCAAGAACGCGAGCUGGAGUGUGCAGAACUGACGAGAAGACAGAAGGAUGCCGGUGCCGGUGGCGCACAGCAGCAGGUGGCCGUGGGGCUUCAGCAGCCGACAGAGACGCAGCAGCCAGUGCCCGCGCUGGAGCUGGAGGCGCUGCGCCUGAGUCUGAGCAACUUGCACGCCGCACAGCUGGAGCGGACGCAGGCCACCCUGCAGCGGGAGAAGGAGGCCGCGCUGACCGAGCUGCGGGCCACGCUUAACGGCCGCCACGCCCAGGAGCUGGCCCUGCUGCAGAGCCGGCAGCAGCACGAUCAGGCGCUGGCCCGGGAGCAGCAUGCGCGGGAGCGCCAGGAGAUGGAGCUGCGCUGCCGUCAGGAAACAGCCGAGCUGAAGGAGAAGUUACAGUUAGAGAUGGAGAAGAACGCACGGAUGCUAGAGAACCUGAAGCAAGGAUGGGAAGCCGAGAGAGAGUUGUGCUUGGAAAACCUGCGCAGAGAAUUGUCGGCAAAGCAUCGGUUGGAGUUGGAGAAUUUGCAAGACCAGUUUAAGAACGAACUGGCAGAACAGAAAGCUGAAUUGGAGAAGAUUUUUCAAGCCAAAAAUCAGGCUGAAUGUGCGCUGAGGACUCUGGAGACCCAGCAGGACGCGGCCCUGAGGCAGCUGCGCGAGGACCUGCAGUCUGAGAGCGGUCGGCAUGUGCGGGACUUGGAGCAGAGGCUCCGCGACCAGGAGGCGGCCAAGCAGCUCGAGUUAGAGAGCCUCCGAGCGUCGUACGCCGCGCUGAAGGCCCAGUCGCAGGAAGAGAUCCGGCGCCUGUGGUCCCAGCUCGAGUCUCCGGGAUGCGACAGUCAUGACCCGAGCGCAUUCCACGACCAGCUCCCGGCCCGCACGCCUCACGGGGAGGAGCAGGAGCACCGGAGGUGGGACCGGCGGCAGCGGCAGCAGCGAGAGGAGUCUGUUCCCGAGUCUGCACAAGUCAGUGCACCCGGGCUGUCUCUAGAGGAGAGGACUGGAGAAGGGACAGCGCACCUCGAGGGACCCCGCCUUCAGCCGGAGUUGGAGGAAAACCACCGGAGCCCGUCCUCCCUGGAAGCCCGGCAGCAGGUGGGCCACGAAGGGACCCCAGUGUCGGACGGGGAGCAACGUGUGGGGCUCUCAGAAGGGCCCAGAGAAGAGCUCGCUCGGGCGCCUCUCCCGUGUGUGCCGGACAUGGCCUCGCAGGUGGAGGCCGAGGUGGCAGCCAGAGUCUUGCGCUUGGAAACUGAGCACAAGCUUAAACUCUCGCUUCUUCAGACGGAGCUCAAGGAAGAAAUCGAUGUCUUGAAACUAGAAAACGGAAGUUUACGCGAGAAGCUGCAGCAGGCGAUCAGCGAGAAGGAGCACUGGGAGAGGGUAAAAUGUGAGUUGGUUGAAGGUCACCAGGAGGAGCUGAAGAGAGCGAAGGAGAAACUGGAGCUGAUGAAGCAGGAAUCCAGAGAUCGAGAAGCAGGAUGGAAGGUGGCACGUGAAGUCCUGAAGAGAGAAGCUGAAGAGGAACGCACGCUGGCACUCCUGCAGCUCCGGGAGCAAGCCGAAGCCGAGACGCAGUCCCUGGUGACCAGGUUUGAGCUGCGGGAGCUCGAAAUGAGGCGGCUUCAGGAUCAGCAGGCCGCCCAGAUCCGGGACCUGGAGGAGUCCCUGCUGGAGCAGCAGGGCCGCCUACGGCAGCUGGAGCUCGGCCUCGCGGGGGAGGAGUGUCCGCAGUGUGGCGGGGAGCCGGGCGGCCGUCCCGCAGACCAGGGCGGGGAGCUCGCCAUGCUCCGCCUGAAGGAGGACUGUGCCCUCCAGCUGAUGCAGGCGCAGAACAGGUUCCUGAAGGAACGGAAGGAGAUCACGGAGAAGUUCGCGGCUGAGCAAGACGCGCUCCUUCGGGAGGCCCAGGAGAAGCACAGCCGCGAGCUCCAGCUGCUCCAGGAGAGACACCAGCGGCACGUGCUGUCCCUGACGGCCGAGCUGGAGGCCGUGCGCCGCGCGGAGCAGGAGGAGCUGAGAGCCUCCGUGGAGGGGGAGCAGCGGGCCCUGGCGCAGGCCCGUGAGGCCGAAUUGCAAGCCGGGCACGCGGCCGCACUCCGGGCUCUCGAGGCCAGACACUCGUCCCACCUGGACUCUCUGGAGUCGCGCCACUGGUCGGAGGUGCAGGCCCUGCGGGAGCAGCACCGCCGGGCUCUGGAGCAGCUGAGCGCAGAGCUGGAGAAGCAGCGGCAGCACAAGGACGCCUCUUGCCCCGCGGUGCCGACUGGGGAGUGGGGCCAGGAGCUCCUGCCCGCGGACGGCGGCGUCACGGCACAGACGGAAGCGGAUCCGGGGGCUGCCGGGGUCGCGCUGCUCUACCCUGCGCUGCCGGCCGGGCAGCAGGGUGAAUCUGAAGGUGAAAAGAAAGCUGCUUUGCAUGAACAGGAGGAGAUCCCUAGGCUGGAGUGUGAGCAGGCACAGUCUCCUGGCCGAAAAGAGGAGGAGUCUUUGUUUCUGCAGCUUCAGGAGAAGAAUGACCAAAUUCUACGGCUGAAAGACCAAAUUUUAUCCUUAAGUCAAGAAGUAGGCGAGUGCCAUUCUGAACUGGAGAAGCUCCAGCAAAGGCGUGAAAGGGAGAACCAGGAAGGCACAAAUCUCAUCUCGAUGCUGAAAUCCGACGUUGAUCUGUCUGACCGUGAAAGGAGGGCUCUCCGGGACGCUCUGCGGAGGCUGCUCACUUUGUUUGGAGAGACGCUGAGGGCUGCUGUCACCCUGAAGAGCCGGAUCGGUGAGCGUGUGGGGCUCUGUCUGGAGGAUGAGGGCCUACCUGACGCGCGGCCCAGUGGCCAGGCCCUGUUUGCAGCCCCAGUGCUCGAUGAGACGUGGCCUGCGUCUGAGGCAGCCCUGUUGGAGCUGGACCGAACUUUGCCCGAGUAUGCGGAGGAGUCUUCCGAGGCUGAAAUUAGCAGUCACAUCUGUGAAAGCUUUUUCAUGAGCCCAGAAAGUUCGCUGGAGUGUGAGCAGCCAGUUAGGAAGCUCUACCGGAGCCUUGGCCUGGCGGUGGAUGGCCUGCUGGAGCGGGCUCUGGACUGCACCCGGCAGCUGGAGGAAGCGCGUCAGAUCCAUUCCCGUUUUGAGAAGGAAUUCAUCUGUAAGAAUGAGGAGGUGGUUAGAAAGCACCAGGAGUUACUGGAGCGCCUGGAGGAGGCGAGCGCGGCCCGGACGCAGCUGGUGCUGGAGCUGCACCAGGCUCAGGGCAUCAUCGAAGGGUUCAAGGUGGAGAAGACCGGCCUGCAGGAGGCGCUGGGCCAGAAGGAGGCGGCCGAGCAGGGCCUCGCGGUCGAGCUGGAGAGCCUGAGGCAGCAGCUGCAGCGGGCGGCCCGGCAGCAGGCAGAGCUGGAGGAGGAGAACUCUGCCCUGUGCGCCCAGAAGGAGGCCUUGGCCGCCGAAGCCGGAGAGAGAGAAGCCGCUCUCCAGGCCAUGGGCUUACUCGUGCCGAGAGGCGAGUCCCACGAGCCGUGCUUGCUUGAGGCGGAGGGAGUUGUCGGGGGCUCGUGGUUCCCCCCACGUGGGAUGUUCUGGAAGGUCUGUGUGUGAUCGUGCCCACCUCUCCCUGCUCGGCUGCCCACCUGUACGCUUCUCUGCCCCUUUCCACUCUUUGAGCUAAGUGUCUGAGGUUGAAAACUUAACCGAGCUUUGUUCUCUCCUGAAUGUCAUUUCCACUCGGUAAGUCUUUCUCCACCUUCAGGUGUGUCUCUUGCGGAUCUCACAUUAGCGUGACUUCCGAGGAGGGGUCCCCGUCGUGUCCCGCUGUGUCUCAUGGCUGUGCCCGCAGCCUCUCCGUCCGCCUGUGCUCUUCCGGUGACCUGUUCUCUUUCCCGUGUCUCUCUGGGUGGAAGGGACCUUCCUCGGCGGCCCGGAAGCCGUGCGUCCCGUUCUCCUCAGGGCUUCGCUCCUUCCUCGUUCGGGCCACUGUCUUGUGCUCCCCAGCGCUGAGCCUGUCCCGUCUCCCCCGUUCCCGUCUCUGCCCGGUGCCCAGCCCUGCUGGUGUCCAGUAAGGCUUCAUUCACGCGUGAGACCGUGCGUGCACGUGGGCAGGCGUGUUAGCAAGCGUAUGCGUGAGCAAAAGCCUGUGAGCUGGGGUGCCCAUCUGUGUAUGUGCACCUGAGAGCAAGCCUGCAUGUGAGCCUGCAAGAGCGCGCGUGUGUGGGUGGGUGGGCAUGCACCUGUGUGAGAGAAGGCACGUGGCCGUGGGGGAGCUGGGAGCGAGCACGUGUUCUCUGUGGAUCCAGUGCCUGUGCAGGGCCCCUCCUGCUCGUUCUCAGGGGUUCCUGGCCCAGCCUCCGGGUCUGUGGGGUGGCCAGGCCCGCACCCGUCCACCGAGUUUACCCCCGUGAAUGUGUGUACUUCUAGGGUGUCAGGACUUCAGAGCCGGGGCCUGAGCUGGGGAGCAGGCUCGUGCUCCCUGCCUGAGGCCCGAGGGGCCCCAGCUCUGUGAGGUCCAUCUGCUGUGGCUCUGCUGUGCCUGGGCCUGGCUCCUCCUGCACGUUUCCCGAGGCUCUGCCCACAGCUGCCCUUCUGCGUCUCUGGUCACCCCCGCGCCCAGAGCCCUGGCACUCCUUAGCAGAAGGGAGAGUGGGGCCAGUCUUUGCACCUUCCCAUUGUCGCUCCUCUGGGACCCUCUGGGGUCCUCGGCUGGCUUUCGUCUUCCCUCGUGCCCCUGAAUUCCUCUCUGAGCUCUAUUCCUUCCCAUUCGCACAUUUGGGACUCGCAGAUGACUGCAUCGCUUAACACACUGUUCGGGGCACCUGGUGGCUCUGUCAGUGGACUCGGGGUGGUGAGACCCAGCCCCACCCUGGGCUCCAUGCACAGCGCCAAGUCUACUUUUCUCCCCCGGCCCUCCCCCUGUUCACACUCAGGCGUGUGCGUGCGCGCUUUCUUUCCUCCCUCCUCUCCAAAUACGUAAAUCUUUAUCAACAAAACGCUGCCGCCUACACAGCACCUCCUGACCGUCCCUGACCAUGCCCCCUGCCCUGGCACAGUCCAGUAUGUGGUCCUGAUUCUGCCUCGGGCCUUCCUGAAGGCUGACCCACUUCUAAGAGCUUUUGGCGGUCAGUGCACCUUGUGGAGAAGCUCAGGUCGGCCUCGCCUGUGUGCAGGCGUGUGGUGUGUUUUGUGGCUGCGCUCAGGGCCGUGCCUUCUGUCCCCUUUAACAGUCCAGAUCCUUUGGCCUCCAGGAGCUGCUGCAGCCCAAAGGCAGCUAGUCUGCCCAGGCUGCGGUCCUAGAACAGUGCGGACGGGUAGAACCGACGGACGCUGUGCCCUCGGUCCUUGAGGGUGGACGUCCACGGUAAAGGAUGAGUGCCUGCCUCUGGGCUGUGUCCCACACGCUAGAGCCCCUGGGAAGGCUCCGAUCCCAACCAUGAGGUUCGAUGUAUGGAUGUUGGGGGACACAGAUGUUCAGACCAUCGCGGUGACGUUAUGGAAAAGCGUGGCUGUUAGGGACUGCCCAGGACCACGGACGUGCCCUGGAUUCCUGCUGACUGACCGUCCGUGUCCACA